UAAAAAAAACAAAAAACAUUAGUGAUUUUAUACUCCACCUCCUAAGAACUGGGAACAUGCUCGUACUGAGCCUCAUAAAGCUUUAAAACAUUCCAGGACUUUGGCUGAGAAACAUCAUGAGGCAUUUGUUUUUGGUCGUUGUCUGUCUGUUGCUGUUUCUGCAGCAGGCUCAAUCCAGGAGAGAUGAGAGUUGCAAGCCAGUAACAGCCAGCUUUUGUCAAGGUUUGGGAUAUACUUCUACUCCUCACCCAGAUGGGAUCCAAGGAUUCAGCCUGCAACAAAUCCGCAAAAUAGUGGAGACUGCUUGCUCACCUCACAUCGCAACAGUCAUAUGUCGCGUUGUUGUACCUGAAUGUGGUUCAGAAAAUGAAAGCAGGAAGAAGCCCUGCCGAGCGCUCUGUGAGAAGGUCAAGAAGGAUUGUCAGUCCCCUCUAAGUGCAAAGUGGCUGUUCUGGCCAUAUAAGCUACGAUGUGACUCUUUACCAGAGUCUAACUGUGUGCAGGGUCAAGAAACUUUUGUUACUGAAGCUCCACCACCAACAUGUCAGCCUAUCACUGCCCGACUCUGCACUGACCUGCCUUACAGAGAGACCUUCCUGCCAAACAGUCUGGGUCACCGAACCCAAGAUGUGGCAGCCCGGGAGAUGGACAAGUUCGGCCCAUUUUUGAAACCUGAAUGCUCUCCUUACCUGAAGCCUUUCCUCUGUUCGGUGUACACGCCCAAAUGUGUCUCGGCAAAACCUCAAUCUCCUUGCAGAAAACUUUGUGAGCUUGCACGUUCUGAGUGUGCUUCACGGAUGAGAAGCUCCGGCUUUCAAUGGCCAGACUCCUUAAAGUGUGAAUCCUUUACUAGCGGGUCCUGUGAAGAGCUGCCAGGCUUAAACCGCCACUUUCUCCAGGAGGGUGGUGACUCACAAAGAUCACAAUCACGACCAGAUGUUCAGCCUGCUUCACGGCUUUCGGUCAGCCGGGAUGGAAUUUCCCAGAACAGAGCUCCUGCUGUUUUUCCUUCACAAGUGCAACCUGGGAGAGAUGACAGUACAAGCUGCAAGCCAAUGACAACCAGUUUUUGUGGAGGUGUGGGAUACAAAACUACCCGUCAUCCGAAUGGACUCCAGGGCUUCAAUUUACACCAGAUUGGCCAGAUUGUGCAGACAGCCUGUUCACCACAUGUCGAUAUUCUCAUGUGUCGUGCUGCCUUGCCAGAAUGUGGCUCAGGAGAUGGGAGUCAGGUGAAGCCAUGCAAGGCUCUCUGUGAAAGGGUCAAGAAGGAUUGUGAUCCUAUAUUAACAAAUAAGCGGCUCACCUGGCCAACGCAGCUUCGGUGUGAAAAUCUCCCACAGACUGACUGUAUUCAGGGUCCACCUGCCGCUGUCGGACAGACCCCCACAGGAACAUGUCAGCCGAUCACAGUUUCCAUUUGCGAAGAUGUUUCCUACUCAAAUACUAUCCUCCCCAAUAUUCUAGGUCACAAAUCCCAGGAAGAGGCAAAGCUAGCAAUACAACAGUUUGUCCCACUAAUAAAGGUUGAAUGCUCUCCUCAUCUUAAGCCAUUCUUGUGCUCAGUCUUCACACCUCAGUGUGUGUCAGGAAGAGCCCAGCCUCCGUGCAGGACUCUCUGUGAACAGGCGCGAUCAGGCUGUGGGAGACUGAUGAACAGUUUAGGCUCUCCAUGGCCUGAAGCCUUAAAGUGUGAAUCCUUCACCACUGAGUCCUGCGAAGAGCCUUCACGUAUCAACAUUCUUGGAACAUGUCAACCCAUGACUUCCACUAUGUGCCAAGACAUGCCUUAUAAGGAAGCCUUUCUGCCCAACAGUCUCGGCCACAAAACGCAACAAGAGGCAAACUUAGCAUUAGAUGACUUUGAGCCACUUGUUCAGCUCCAAUGCUCCGCUCAUUUGAAGCCUUUCCUGUGCUCCGUCCACCUUCCAAAAUGUGCGUCUGGGAUGAGACUACCACCCUGCAGGACAGUCUGUGAGCAGGCUCGAUCCGGCUGCGAGCCUCUGAUGAACAGGUUUGGCCUAAACUGGCCAGAGAAACUGAAAUGUGAAGCAUUUUCCACAGAGUCAUGCGAACAGUACGGAGUGAGAAGCACCAUGGAGAUGUGCGAGCCAAUCUCUAUACCGAUGUGCCAAGGCCUGUCCUACAACCAGACCAUCCUCCCCAAUCUUCUUGGCCACACAAGUCAAAGGGAGGCGGUGAUGAAGAUGUCUUUCUUCAACUCGAUUGUGCAGACUGUGUGCUCUGCAGACAUACAGCUGUUUCUGUGCAGGGUGUAUGCCCCAGAGUGUGUGGAGGGCCGAGCGCAGCGCCCAUGCAAGUCAUUCUGUGAAAAAGCCAGAAGAAACUGUGAAGGUUUAAUAAGCAACUUUGGAGUCUCCUGGCCAAACGAGCUGAACUGUAAUGCAUUCCCAGACGACAUGUGCAUAUCAGAAGACAACAGAAAGGAGAUGCUGAGAGCUGAAGAUGUUCUUGCUAAACUAAAUUCUGGUGGCUAUACAGUCAGUGGCAAAUCUCUUACUCUAAAGACUGCACACCUGCUGUUGGUACUGAUGGAUGCAGAUAAGACAGGAGACCUGGAUGUGGUGGAGUUAUUCAAACUGGAACAUUACGUGGCUGUAAUCAGGAGAGAAUAUGUGGAAAAAUAUGAGAGCAGGACUCCAUCUGCUGUCACACAGCGCCAGAUGAAAAAUGCUGUUAUUUCCCACGAUUUUAAUUUAGAUGAGGAAACCUUCAGAGCGCUUUGGUUUGAAUACGGCUCCAACGAUGGAAUUGAUUAUGACAGUUAUGUUGCAGCCCUGACUAAACUUAAAAUACUAAAAGAUCGCUUUCAGGCUCAUCUGCUAAAUCUGUCAUGUGACUGCAGGAUUGCAAGCUUCUCCUUCAAUCAGUUCUUGAAAUCAGCCAUAGUAUGAGGAUCAGCAGAAUUCGGCGAACUUCACAGCAAUCAAAUAAUGCAUUGCAGUCCCCAACCUCUGCUAGAUGAUUAAUGAUGUUUCAGGUCAGAUAUCAAAUGUAUAUGGAAGAGGAUUAGGGCCACUG